UAAAAUUCUUUCAGGGAAUAUUAAGCAAAGAUCAAUCAAGGGUGUAUGAAGGAUGACAAGCAAAAGGACACCUCCUCAGAAAGAAGCUGAUGGCUCUCUAUUUCUUUUUUCGGCCUUUUCACCCGUACCUGGCAAGGCGAAAAGAAAAGAGAGCAGCUGCGAUGGGAUGAAAUCACCGGAAAAAAUGAAAAAGCAGGUGUCCAAUGCUGGAGAAGAUAGGGCGAUGCUUUUGGGGUUCACAAUGAUGGUGCUCUCUGUAGUUAUGUUCUUCUUACUUGGAGUUACGAUUCUGAAGCCGUUCAUGCUCAGCGUCUGGAAUGAAGAGUCAAACUGCACAAUCCUACAAGCUGAUAUUAUGGAUGACUGGGUAGACUGUUCAUUCACAUGUGGUGUUGAUUGCCAUGGACAAUCCAAAUAUCCCUGCCUCCAGAUACUGGUGAACGUGUCUGGCUCGGGUCAUGUUGCUGCUUUGCAUUAUAAUGAAGAAGUGGUUCAGAUAAACCCAAAAUGCUUUUAUGUCCCAAAGUGCCAACGAGACAAGAAUGAGUUGCUGGAUGGAGUGCUUGACGUGAAACAAUACUUUGAGCAUAGGAAUGACACUCCUUUUGCAUGUUUCCACCAACCAGAGAGUCAGCCAGAAGAUGUCAUAUUGAUUAAGAAGUAUGACCGGUCAGUGGUCUUUCAUUGCCUUUUUUGGCCAACUCUCAUGCUGAUUGGAGGAGCCUCCAUAGUUGGUAUGGUAAAAUUAACGCAACAUUUAUCCUUAAUGUGUAUGCUCUACUGCAAUCCAACAAGAGAGGACCCUGGAAAUGUGACCCCACGUGUGGACUCCCAGCAGAGCAAACAAAGGAAGGAUGAGAGGACUCUAAGGUGGAGAUUAAAUUCCCAAAGUAUAAAUAAUGCACCAUUUAGCUGAAAAGAAGGCGUGUACAAAACAACCAUGUGAAAAUCUUUGUGUCAACCAGAAGUGUAGUAUCUAGUAACCAGCAGAAAAUUGUUUAUACUGUAUUAUAAAUAUGAGAGAGAAUAAUUUUUAGCUCUAAAUUGUUUUUUUAGAAAAAUGUAAAAAAUAGCACUGUGAUUUUUAUUCAUGAUUUAAAGUGUUUAUAAUAAACACA